AGAAUUUCAGAGCGACCACCGUCCACCGUCUUACUUACCGUUCAAAUUUUACUUCCACCAAACCAAAGAGAGGCUCGCACUCUUCUUCACAGUAUCUCCAACGCAGUCACACAAGCCAGCCCUAGAAGAAACAGCGCCGGAAGGAAUUGAAGAAGAGAAAGGAAGCAUGUCCACCGAAGAGGAGAGCGCAGUGAAGGAGCCAUUGGAUCUCAUCAGACUUAGUCUCGACGAACGCAUCUACGUCAAGCUCCGUUCUGACCGGGAACUCCGCGGCAAGCUUCACGCAUAUGACCAGCAUUUGAAUAUGAUUCUUGGGGACGUUGAAGAAGUUGUGACCACAGUAGAGAUCGAUGACGAGACUUACGAACAGAUUCUCAGGCACACGAAGCGCAAUAUACCUUUUCUGUUCGUUAGAGGAGACGGCGUCAUAUUGGUCUCUCCACCAUUGAGGACAACUUGAUGAUCUGCAGGAGAUGAACGAAUUUGCAAAUUGCAGUUGGGGACUUCCAACUUUUAGAAAAGCGGUCUCGUUUACUGUAAUGUUUCUCGUGUACUUGCUCAACGUCUUGGUGAUCAACCGAUGAUUAUCAGGCAGCGUAUUAUCGAACUGAUGUCAUGUUUCGAUCACCUUGUAAUUACUUUUAAGCACUGGAUUUUGAGAACUUGAUGAAAGUGGGUUUGCCUCAGAGCUUGAUGUUCAUUCUUGUCCUCCUGUUAUUCAUUGUUUAUCGUCUCGUUGCGCAUAUAGUAACUUGAUUUGCAGAGAAUAUGAAGAUGAAACUUCCUCUAUAGGAUGGAUGCGCUUAUUCGAGAAAUUCAAGAGCAGUAAAAGAGGCAGAAACGUGUGUUUUCAAUUGCAAGUAACACGGUUUUUUUGUUUGUUUUUCUCUGAUCUGGAAAAGUUCUAACAGAAAAAGAGGCAGAAACGUGUUUUCCCCCCAAUAAUCAAUGAUUAAAUUCAAACCAUCUUACUACAAUAAGUCAAGUCGUCAAAGAAUCAAAGAAACACCCAACCAGGUCUAUAAUAACAAACUAUUAACAAAGCUACAGAGUUGCCAUAAUCAACCCGUUAAUCUCCUGAUUAAUCAAUUUAAUUCGGUUGCUUAAUGAUCCGCUGAAGGACAACGGUCCUCGCCCGCCGAAUAUCCCGGCUGCACACGUCAGCCUGAACCCCCAACUCCUCCACAUUCCUCAUGAACCCGCCGAGCUUCUUCCUGAUCUCCUCGAUCCCAAUCUUCACCGCCGCGUCGCCGCCGUCCUCCUGCGUCGCGAACUCCGCCGCCUUCUCCACCGCCGCCAUCUCCACCUCCAGCCGGUCCACCAUCACGCGGAUCGUCUCCAGAUCCUUGAUCGCGACGUAGCUCCCGACCUGCAUUGUCCCGACGAGCUCCUUCUGCCCCUUCACCGCGCUCUCGUAGUUCCGCCACAGCGAGUCGAUCCACUUCCCCAUCGACCCCAGCGGGAUCGACGUGGCCGCCGCCAGCGCGGCGGCCACGGGAGGAGCCGCCAUCGCCGCCGCCACGACGGAGCAGAUCAGCACCGCCGCGAAGCUGGCGACGAAGAUGAUGCUGGACAGCUUCCUCCACGAGUGGAUCGACUUCAAUUUCUUGUCGAGCUUCCGCUUCUUGCUCUGCAGCUUCUCCAGCAUCUGGAUCUGCUGCUUGUGGACGUUCUGAAACCGAGUAUAGAACUCCUCCGUGAAAGGAUCCCCUGCUUCCUUGAAAUUCCUCAGCUCCUCCAGCGUCCUCUUGUACGAAGCCUUGGAUCCCGAUUCUCCCGAUUCCGAUUCCGAUUUCGACGACGACGACGAUUCUUCGUCGAACUGCUGGAGCGCGACGAGGAGGAGAAGCUGGUUAUCCCUAGCUCGCUUCAGCGACUUCUCGAGGGCGGCGCAGAAAUCCAAAGUGUGGAGGCUGUUGUCGAAGUACUCCUCCACGAGCUCGAACAGCUCCUGGCUCUUCCAUAUAUCCCUCUUGCAAUCGAGUAUCACCUUGACGACCUCCUGGUUCAUCUCCAGCAGGCACUCCGUCACUUCCCGGAGCGAAUCGAACGACAGGGCCCUGACCUCGACGCCGACGGCGAGCGCGUUGAUCACGUGGCUGGUCCGCGCCUGCAGCGUGGUGUCGAAGGAGCGGAGGUCGGCGUCGGCGGCGCAGGCGGCCUCGUACGAGCUCAGCUCCGUGGAGAGGUUGUUGGGCUUCUUGCUAGCUUGGUUCCCCAUUGCUGUUA